CAAACCAUCUAUUGGUUGAAUAGUUACCUUUCCCUUUAAAGGCCAAUUGCAUUUAGAAAGAAGCAUAUGUUAGUAAGAAAAAAAAAAUUGUCUUUGUAAUUAAGGUAAGGCCGCAAGGAACUAACGUGGUGCGCUAGAUGAUUACCACGUUGCAAACCAGAAUCAUAGUCACUCUGUCAUAUUAAAUAAACCAGCCCAGGGUCCCCACAAAAACAUCUGUUUCUUACUCAAUCUCUCUUUCUCUCCUCCGUUCCCCCUUCUCUCAAAAACACAACCAAGAAGCUCCCUUAUAAGGGUUUUAGUGACCGUACUGUUUGCGAACAAUUAAAGAUAUAAAAGCCUGGGUCUUUUCUUUUACGCCUGGAAGUGAAAAGUUUAAAAGAAAAGAGGGAGAACUAAGGGAGAGAAAUGGGUCAGGCAUUUCGUCGAGCGACUGGUAGGAUUCGUUCGGUAGACCAAUCACAACCCACAAAAACUGGAAGACCAUUGGUUCCCACCGAUGAACCGAAGAUCUCCAGAUCUUCCCAAUAUGAUAAUCUUGAUCAUGAAAGAGUUACAAGAAGCAAUCCUGAGAAUGUAUUGGAAGAAAGAGAUCCAAAGUAUGAUGCAAUGCUUAGUCAAAUGGUGGGUAGGAUUUCAACUAAGACUGGUGGCAAACUUGAAAUGGGCGAGGCGUUUGUGGUUGAAAAUCCCAGUAGGCCCUUGCCAAAAUUGCGGAAUACAACGCCAGACUCUGUAAGGUAUGAAGAAAGGCCUGCAGCUCCAGGAACCUUGAAUGUGAAACAGCUACACCACAUCAUGCUUUUACAUCAGGGCAAGGCUGAUGAUCAUGAUGGUCCUAUGGAUGUUCACCAGAUUGCAGAGAAGUUUAGGCUAGAUGCGGCACAGGUCCAGAGGAUCUUGCAAUUCAUAUCCCUGCCUCCAGAGGACAGCACUAAACAGAAAAAGCACCAAUAAACACCAACUUUCGUUUGCUCUUAUGAAAUACAACUUGGUUUUUCUGUUGAAUAAGCUUGGUUCAUUCGGGAGAAAAUUUUGUAGUCUCUUAUCAUCUGAUAAAAUGGUUGAUGAUAGAUAUUCUUCCUCAGAAUGCAGAGAGAAACAAUAGAUAAUGUGUUUUGCUCCUCACUUUGAUAGAUAUAUUGUAUCCUGAAUGAUGUAAUUUUUUACGUUUUUUUUUUCUCAUUUAAAAAAAAUGAAAAAGAGUAUCUUAUGUUACAGUGA